AUGACCAACCUAUCGGAAGUACAAUCCCAGUCCCGUGAUACCGAAAAUGCUCAUGAACACGAUGCCGAUCCAAUUCUUUCUCAAACUGAGGAAGAAGACAAUACACAUGAGGAAGAUGAUGAAGACGACAAUAAUCAAAAUGAAUCCAAUGGAGCAGUUGAGUACCCGGGCUCGGUUUUACCAGAUAAUAACCAACAAGAGAUUGAAGCGGAUGUUGAUUUGACUGCUGGGUUAGAUCCCGAUACUGAGUUUAUUGAUCUUGUCCAUUUGAAAAUCAAUUCACUCGAAGACUUGAACUUGUCCAGAUUUAGGAAAUUAGAAUCAUUGUGCUUGCGACAAAAUUUGAUAACCUCGAUUGUGGGAGUCAAAGAUAUUUCACCUACUUUAGAGGAGUUGGACUUUUACGAUAACAGAAUAAAUCAUAUAUCUAGUUCGAUAAAACAUUUGACGAAAUUGCAGAAUCUUGACUUAUCGUUCAACACCAUAAAAAAUAUCAAAAACAUUGAGACGUUGGUGAAUUUGGAGAAUUUGUACUUUGUGGCAAAUAAGAUUAAGGAAAUUAAAAACUUGGGCACAUUAACUAAAUUGGUUAAUUUGGAACUCGGAGGAAACAAAAUUGAGGUAAUUGAGAAUCUCGAAAAUUUGGUGAACAUAACGCAAUUAUGGCUAGGGAAGAAUAGGAUACAUAAGUUGCAAAAUUUGGACGCAUUGGUCAACCUUAGAGUGCUUUCGAUUCAAUCAAACAGAAUAAGAAAGAUUGAAGGGCUCGAAAACUUGAAAAGUUUGGAGGAAUUGUACUUGUCACAUAAUGGUAUUGAAAAGAUUGAAAAUUUGGAAACUAACACCAACCUUCAGGUCUUGGAUGUCACAUCAAAUAAAAUUAAAGAGCUUUCAGGAUUAAAACAUUUGACAAAAUUGACUGAUUUCUGGUGUUCAUACAACCAAGUUCUGAGCUUUGAAAAUGUUGGUAAGGAGUUGGGGAAAUUGCCUGAUUUGGAGUGCGUUUAUUUUGAAGGCAAUCCCAUUCAAACCGAAAAUCCUACUGCAUAUCGCAGGAAAUUAAAGUUGUAUUUGGGUCCUUCCUUGAAUAAAAUUGAUGCAACUUAUAUACAUGGAUGA